AUGCGUGGGGACCCCUUCCGGUCACCCCGUUUCCCCUUCCCGCCUCCCCAAUUCCCCUUCCCGCUCUCCGUUUCCCCUUCCCGCCUCUCCGUUUCCCCUUCCCGCUCCCCGUUUCCUCUUCCCACCACCCCGUUUCCCCAUCCCGCUCCCCGUUACCCCUCCCCGCCUCCUCAAUUCCCCUUCCCGCCUCCCCGUUUCCCCAUCGCGCUCCCCGUUACCCCUUCCCGCCUCCUCAUUUCCCCUUCCCGCCUCCCCGUUUCCCCUUCCCGCCUCCCCAAUUCUCCUUGGGGCCAUCCCGUUUCCCCUUUGCGUCUCCCCAUUACCCCUUCCCGCCUCCCCGUUUCCCCUUCCCGCUCCCCAUUACCCCUUCCCGCCUUCCCGUUAGCCCUUCCCGCCUCCCCAAUUCCCGUUCCCGCCUCCCCUUCCCCCUUCCCGCUCCCGAUUUCCCCUUCCCGCCUCCCCGUUUCCCCGUCCCGUUCCCGUUUCCCCUUCCCGCCUUCCCGUUUCCCCGUCCCGCUCCUCGUUUCCUCUUCCCGCUCCCCGUUUCCCCAUCCCGAUCCCCGUUACCCCUCCCCGCCUCCUCAAUUCCCCUUCCGCCUCUCCGUUUCCCCUUCCCGCCUCCCCAAUUCCCCUUUCCGCCACCCUGUUUCCCCUUCCCCGUCUCCCCGGUACCCCUUCCCGCCUCCCCGUUUCCCCUUUCCGCCGCCCCGUUUCCCCUCCCCGUCUCCCCAUUACCCCUCCCCCCUUCCUCCCUCUCGUUUACCCCCCUUCCCCCUCUCAUUUCCCCCCCUUCUCCUCCUUUUCUUUCCCGCUUCCCCCCAUCCCCUUCCCUGCUUCCCCCCAUCCCUUUCCGUGCUUCCCCCCAUCCCCUUCCCUGCUUCCCCCCAUCCCCUUCCCUGCUUCCCCCCAUCCCCUUCCCUGCUUCCCCCCAUCCCCUUCCCUGCUUCCCCCCAUCCCCUUCCCUGCUUCCCCCCAUCCCCUUCCCUGCUUCCCCCCAUCCCCUUCCCUGCUUCCCCCCAUCCCCUUCUCCCAUCCCAUUCCCUUGCUCCCUCUGUUUCCCCUUGCUCACUCUGUCUCGCCCUUCUCACACUCUUCCCCCUCCUCUUUUUCCACCUUGCUCACUAUAUUUCCCGCUACUCACUCUCUUUCCCCCUGCUCACUAUCUUCCCACCAGCUCGCUCUCUUCCCCCCCCAUCACUUUGUUUAGGGUUGCUCACUCUGUUUCACCCUUGCUAA